AUGUUUCUAGUCCAUCGCGAGGAAGAAUGGAAUAAUCUACUAGACAACCUGAAACCAAAUGACCCUAAAGUAUACAACAUUGCCAAAAGUCAAACACACAAGCAAGCGGCCACAAAACCUCUUUUUAGUCCAUACGGUCUUGUUUUUGAUCAAGAAACCAAAUCUGAACUAUUUUCUAACUCACUUGAAACUCAAUUCACCUACCCAGUUAGUAACAUCAUGACUACUCAAAUAGUAAAGGAAAAACUAAAGAUACUUACCAAAUUCUACCCCCCAACAAUACAACCUAUUACUCCAAAUGAAGUCAGAUCCAUCAUAAAAACCCUUCCAAAGAAAAGGCACCAGACUCAGAUGGGAUACCCAACACAACCCUUCGACAUGCAUCCAACCGCACUAUUUUGCAUCUCACUUAAAUCUUUAACAGCUGAAUACGUCUAUACCACUUUCCUAGUGUAUGGAAACAUGAAAACGUGGUCAUGA